UUUGUAAUUUUCUUUUAUCAUUUUUAUAUUCUCUAUUCUUCACGACUUUGUUUUUCGUGUGAUGCUUCAAGUGUUUUUCGUGUUCUGUCCAAACACAUCUCAUUUGGCGUUGCGUUCGCUCAACUCCGCUCAUCAGAUUCCUUCCUCUUCGUCACGUCCUUCGUAUCAUUGCCCUCGCAAAUUCCAUUCCAUCCAAGUGUUUUCUUUCAACACACACUUAAGUUUCUGCUUCCAAAAUCAUGUGACUGUAUCAACUGCAUCAACAGGUUUAUCGACGAUUUUUCAGGUUUGUUGAUGGACUGGAUGCUUGACUAGAAAAUAUCAUAGCACAAACAAGGAGAUGAAAGGAGAGUCAUCUGGACUGAUUAUUGGGAUUUCAAUAGGGGUGGUAAUUGGAGUACUUUUGGCCAUAUUUGCUCUGUUCUGCAUUAGGUGCCAUAGGAAACGCUCACAGAUAGGAAAUAGCAGUUCCCGGAGGGCAGCAACCAUCCCCAUACGUGCAAAUGGCGCUGAUUCUUGUACAAUAUUAUCAGACUCAUCUGUUGGCACAGAAUCACCCAAAACAUCUGGGCAGAAUGGCAUUUCAUUAUGGAUUGGAGGACUUAAAAGGGCUAAUGUGGUUUCUGCUUCUGGAAUACUUGAAUACUCUUACAAGGAUCUACAGAAAGCAACCUAUAAUUUCACUACACUGGUAGGCCAAGGGGCAUUUGGUCCUGUUUAUAGAGCUCAGAUGUCAACUGGUGAGACUGUUGCUGUUAAAGUGCUUGCAACGGAUUCUAAACAAGGGGAGAAGGAGUUUCAAACAGAGGUUACGUUACUGGGAAGGUUACAUCACAGGAACCUCGUGAAUUUGGUUGGAUAUUGUGCAGAAAAGAGCCAGCAUAUGCUUAUCUAUGUCUACAUGAGUAAAGGCAGUGUGGCUUCUCAUUUGUAUAGUGAAAAUCAUGAACCAUUGAGCUGGGAUUUGAGGGUUCAAAUAGCUUUAGAUGUAGCUAGGGGCUUGGAGUAUCUUCAUGAUGGGGCUGUUCCUCCUGUGAUACACCGGGACAUCAAAUCUUCCAAUAUUCUGUUGGAUCAGUCCAUGAGAGCCAGGGUAGCUGAUUUUGGGCUGUCAAGAGAAGAAAUGGUUAACAAACAUGUGUCGAAUAUACGGGGAACAUUUGGAUAUCUUGAUCCGGAGUAUAUAUCAACAAGGGCGUUUACAAAGAAAAGUGAUGUUUACAGCUUUGGAGUUUUGCUCUUUGAACUUAUUGCAGGCAGAAAUCCACAGCAGGGUCUGAUGGAAUAUGUUGAGCUAGCAGCACUGAAUUCGGAGGGGAAAGUUGGGUGGGAGGAAAUUGUGGAUUCUCGUCUUGAUGGGAAAUUUGAUGUGCAAGAACUGGAUGAUAUAGCAGCUCUUGCAUAUAAAUGCAUCAAUCGUGCCCCGAGAAAACGGCCUUCCAUGAGGGACAUAGUCCAAGUGCUAUCCCGUAUCCUUAAAGUGAAGCACAAUAGAAAGCACCACAAGCCCUCUUUAUCUUCCACAGCAGAAGAGUUUAGCAUUGACGUGGACCAGCAAGAAAAUCGGAUUUCAGUCACAGAACACCAGCGAGUGGAAUCCGUGGAUAGCGCAGCUGACACAUAUGAAGUUUAAACUGUCAGUUUUUCCAUUUGUUGACUUGUUGCAUUCCUUUAUUUUGGUUUUGGCUUGUAAUAUAUUUGCAGUUUCUAUAGGAAGUAGAGGGAAUUAGGAUUCAGUUCAGUGUCUCGUCUUGUAAGUACGGCGUAGCAUAGCACAUUUUCUUUUUCUUUGCUGCAUAUCCCAAUUUUUGUAUAUUUACGAAAUUCAAACGAAGAAAAACCAGCCUCUGUAAUUUUUGACUCUUGUAAUGUUGUGAAUAUCAUCUCAAUGUUAUCGAAAAAGACACCAUCAUA